AUUCAGAUUCUCGUUGUUCGUUUCUCUUAUAUGGCAACCCAAGCUGUUAUAAUACACAUAAGACGUAUUGCAACUAUGUGUUAGCUACAGAAAAUAAAUGACAAUAUGUAAGGCAUGUAAAAACUUAAUACGAUAACUUUAUUCUUUGUAAACCAGUAAUCACUAAGGCUUUGCUUCACCCCCAAAGACCCGGAUGAUCGGUAACUAGGCCGUGUGACGUCACGCCGGUUCCGAGAAUUUAUCUCUAUUUAAUCGACACACCAUCCAUCAUCUACAACAGAGAUUCAAUGAAAGCCUACAAAUCGCUGGAAGCAUACAAGUAUGUUGUUAGUGGACAUGUGCAGGUUGUGCUGUCAAAUCCAGUAGAUGACAAGUGCCCUUUCAUUGCAUUGAAAUCUAAAGUGACUCCUUCGCAGAGGGCAAGGGACAAGCCACAUGAGCCAUGGGUUUUCUUGGAGAAAAACAGCGGCACAGUUUACUGUGCACACUGUACCUGUAUGGCCGGGUUAGGUGAAGUAUGCAGCCAUGUUGGAGCUCCUUUGUUCAAGAUCGAGAUGGGUGUUAAGAUGGGUAUGACCCAAACCAGCUCAACCAGUAAAGCUUGUCAGUGGAAUAGCACUUUUCGAAAAGAGGUCGCUCCAACAACAAUAACUGAUAUAUUUCAGGAGAUUAAAGGCAAAAGGAAGAAGGAAAUUAAGACGGUUCAAGCCAGUGGAUCUGCGCCAUUGCCACCCUCAGAAGAACUACACAAGUUGUAUGCCCUGGUACCAAAUGCAUCUUUUUUUUACAUCAGUCUCCAUACCAGGACUAACAGAUAACCUCCCCACUGAUCACAAUCUGCCAUGUAUCCAAAAAUAUCCAAAAUUGUUAACAACAUUCAGUGGAACACUGUUGGGAGAUAAUUCUAAUUUUGAGACCUACAGCAUUUCCAAACAACAAGCUGCUAACUUGGAAAUAGCCACAAGGAACCAAGCUGUCAGUCCCCAGUGGUACCAACAUAGGAUGGGUAGAGUAACGGCAUCCAAGGCCCAUGACAUUUUAACACGCAGAGACACGACAUCUCCAGAUAAUCUUGUAAGGCGCAUUGUUGGAUAUGUUUCUUAUGACUUGUCAAAGAAAGAAGCUGUGAAAUGGGGAAUCGAUCACAAAGACGAAUGUAGAGUUGCCUAUAGUAAGCAUCAGACUGGGUCUCAUGUAGAUUUUCAUUGUAAUCCUUCUGGUUUUGUGAUAACACUGAUCACCCAUUUCUUGGAGCUAGUCCCGAUGGCUAUAUUGACUGUCAUUGUUGUGGGAAAGGUACCCUGGAAAUUAAAUGUCCUUUUAAGACUGUACAGGAAGCAGCUGCAACAGAUAAGGAUUUUUGUCUUGAUUCAUCUAUGCAGCUUAAAGCGAAUCACAGAUAUUACAGUCAAGUACAAUUUCAAAUGUACAUUACAAAAUGCCAAUAUUGUGAUUUUGUUGUCUAUACCAAGUGUAAGCCUGCACCAAGUAUGGUCAUUGUACGACUGUCCAUUGAUGUCGACUUCUGUCAGAGUCUGAUUGCUAAAUGUGAACAUUUUGUAAACAACUUUGUCAAAAAUGAGUUGGAAAACCAGCCAGUAGUUACUUCUACCCAUAAAGAAGAUAAGAGUGAUCAAACAUGGUGCAUUUGUGCUGAAGUAGAAUAUGGUCGAAUGAUCAAGUGCGACAAUGAAGACUGCCCAUAUCAGUGGUUUCACUACAAGUGUGUGAACAUUCGCAGGAAGCCUAGAGGAAAAUGGUUUUGUGCUAGCUGUGACAAAUAAAUAACUGUUCAUAGUUAUGAACAAUGUUCAGAAAUUGAACAAAAAUUGUGAAAUUGGUGGCCUUAAAUUUUAUUUGUAAAGUAUGUAUUUUGAAACAAUAAAAUGGAUAUAGCUACUGUUAGCUGAUGAUUAGUGUAAUAAACACCAAUAAAGUUAUUAAAUACACUAUCAGGGCUUCUAGAAUUUUAAAAAUAUGCAUUUUUUUUUACUAGCCAUGGGGCAUGGCCACAGUACUUAAUUACUAGCCUGUUAUUGAAAUUCACUACCAUAUUAUAUAAUUAUAGAAUCCCCGAUAAUUUAAUCGUGGGCAUGUUACAAAAUAAAAGACAGAAUUAUGUAUGUACCAUUUUGAAGCAAAAUACAAGUUAAAAAAUCUAAGAAACAAGUUUUGGUUGUAAAUUACAUAGAGCUGAACAAAUGGUGACUAUGCUGUCUGAAUGGGGAACCAUGUGCAUACUCAUACUACUACUCAGACUGUUCCAGUUUUUCAGACUUUCAAUGGCUCUUUCCACAUGUAUGCGUACAUUAGCAAUUUUUCUGGUCUGCUCAACUUCCCGAGCACUAAACUGCGACUUUCCUCUGGUGAAGGCUGGUAUUACCAGUGUCGCAUUACGAUUUGCCAAGUCCUCUGCUAUCAAAAAUCCUCUAUCUGCCAAAACUUCAUCGCCAUAUUCUAAUUUGUCCAAAUAACCACUUCUCUGAGUAAUAACUUUAUCAGAUGUCCUACCUCCAAAUGCCCUGGAUACAUAAGAAAUUGCUCCUGUUGCAGUUAUAGACACAAGAAAUUUAAUGGUAUUGUUAUGUUUGUAAUUUGACCAUGUUUGGGCCCAUGCUGUAAGUGGUCCAGGUCUCUGAAUAAAAACUUCAAAACAGUCGAUAAUACUAACACAUUUUGGAUAUGUUAUUUUAAUAAUAUUUGGCAUAUUGCGUUUUAGACUGUCUUUGUCUGGCCACUGAAUAAGAAAGGCAAGUUUCUCUGCUAACUUUGGCAGCCCCUGAUUAAGCAUUUCUGAGAUUGUGGUGACAGACACAUUAAAUCGAUAUGCCAAGUCCUGGUGCUGCAGAUUUAAUCUCAGUUUCAUAAUUAAGCACAUCAAAACAUGUUGGUGAUAAAACGUUACACGAAGGCAAUGCCAAAGAGCAAAAUGACAACACAAACAUAAACAGCGCUUUUGAUGUUACACCUGUGUAGAACUAAAUUAUACGGUCGCUUGAAAUUGUCUGCUUCUCAUUCUGAAGCCUCCCCAGUUCUUCAUACAGCUGCUGAUUUUCAAUCCGUAGGGAAGCUAUUUUCCGUAUACAAAUACUGUGUGUCUCAGCAUAGGGUUGUGACUGAAAAAUAAUUUUAUUUUGCAUAUUAAGGGGUAUCAAAUUAAUACAUUAAAUUUUAUCAGUAUAAUCAUGCAAACCUUGACAUUCACCCCAAAACAUAUGUCUAUAUUAUGUACAUAAAAGAUCGCUAUACAUUAUGUACAUAACCACUGCCUUGAUGCAGAUCACUAUGUGGCAGACAAUUAAUAUGCUGACGAUUUGUAUUUAAACAAUAUAUACAUGUAGAUGUACCAAAAUGAAGUGUAAAUACUUGUCUGACUGAUAAAAAAACCCAUUGUAACUUAAUUUGGUUUAAAAAAAGUUUAUUAAUACCUACUCUUAUUUAUUACCAUAAUGUACAUAUUUUAUAUUUAGCAUCUAUAAUUUGUUGUUGGGAGUGUUCACAUUAUACGUGAUUAAUAUGUGUGUUUGUGUAAUUAAUUAAAUUAAUAUUUCCCAAACUAUGUCCAAAAUAUUGAAAUUUGGAUCACAUAUACAUGUACAUGCAAAUAAAUGAUUGUCUACCUUC